ACCCACUCCGAUGCGGGAACGGGUAAUUACCCACUCCGAACAGGUAGAAACGGAGUGGAUACCCGCGGAUUCAGGUAGUGUUGGCACUCCUACGGACUCUUUCCUUCCCUUUGGUCCUCUGUUUCCAACGCAGCUGAGAAAAUCACAAAAGUGACAAAACCUCUGGCCCUAGCACUCCUCAAUUUCGAAGCACUGCAUUCCAUUCCAAGCAAUCAAGCAUGGAUAAGAAGAAGCAGCAGCAGAAGCACACGGGGAACAAACUAAAACAGCAAUCGACCAUGGAGAAGAAGCAACAGCAGAAUGAGAAUCACAAGAGCAAGAGCAUUCACGACAUUCUCCCUCUUGAACUGAUCCACGGAAUCCUACUGAGGGUUCCGAUCAAACAUCUCGCUAGCCUCAAGUGCGUUUCGAAGCUUUGGAACACUCUCAUAUCCGAUCCUGACUUUGCGAAAUCGCAUGUUCACCUCUCUGCCGCACCCACCCAUGUAUGCCUCUUCAUAGAUGACUACUCCAAGGCUUGCUCCGUUGACAUUGACGCAGUAUUUCACCGCCACAAGAGUGCUACUGCAGUAAAAGAGGUAUCUCUCCCUUUCAAGAUGAAAACACGUUAUGAUUUUGAAGUUAUGUGUUCCUGCAGAGGGUUUGUUCUCUUACACCGACCCCCGCAUUUUUUUGUGGUAUGGAAUCCAGUGACUGGAUCCAGCAAAAGAGUAUCCUACUCUCACAUUGUUUCUCGUUGUAAUCAAAAGUACUUUAGGUUUCCCGGUAGUGCGAUUUUGUAUGGAUUUGGUUACGAUGCUUCACAGGAUGACUACUUAGUUGUUGUAGCUUCUCAGGAUAAGAAUGGCCAAGACCACUUUGAUUGCCUGUCUUUGAGAACCAAUUCAUGGAUUAAUCUUGAUUUUGCACUCUCAAAACCCUUGGGUAGGAGCAGCUGGAAAUCUCGUGGGUUCUUCUUGAAUGGCGCUAUUCAUUGGUCGUCCUGCACUCUUAAUGUUGGAGUUUAUAGUAUUCUUAUAUUUGAUUUGAAGGAAAGGAGUUUCUCAACUAUAUCUAUGCCUGAACAAGUGAUGGGUUAUCUCAAUCCCACUCAUCUUGUCCUACUAGGAGGGUGCCUGGCCUUGUAUUCUUAUGAUCGCGAUAAAACUAACAUAUGGGUGAUGAAAGAAUACAAAGUGCAUUCAUCUUGGACUUUCUAUCAGAUUUCUCGUGGACAGUCUGCGCCUCUAUGCUUAUCCAAUGGUAGUGACAUUGUUGCACUAGAUAUAUCUACAUAUACCAACUUAAGGUUUGUCAAAUAUAAUGCCAGAGGAGAGCUCCUCCGACUCAAUUAUUUUGAUUAUCCUCAUCUCCAACAUUUUAAAUUUGGUUGUCAUAUAUUUUCUAAUUACGGCACAAGCUACACUGUAUACACAGAGAGUCUUGUGCCACUCCCUAGUGACAUUAAGGAUAAGGAUAAGGACAGGGAUAAAGGACAAGAAGAAGAAAAACGGCCAUCCGAAUCAGAAGGAUGUCAAACAGGGAAAGAGAACUAGGAGCGAAUGACUGAACAACAGAGACACUUGAUUCUGUUGUAAAUAAAGUGUAGGAUUGGCAAGUUCAGCUGGAAGAAGCUUCUAAAGAAUUUUGUUUUAUUUUGCUUCUAAAGAAUUCUAAAGUAUGAUUUCCCUUCCAUAUGAAUGUGAAAAAUUAGAACAUUUGAAAGUGCAAAUAGAGUUUCCUUUAGUUAAAUGCAAUCUCUUAUAUU